GCUGUUGGAAUUUUGUGCUUUAGCCUUUUGAAAACCAUCAACUUCCACUCUACUUCGCCAUUUUCAUCACGUUUUCAAUGGAUAUAUAUAUAUUGCAAUACUUAUUUUCUCUUUUCUGAUCAUCCCAUUUCCACCACCCUUAUCUAGGCUUCAUACAUAUGCAAAGAGAGAGAGAGAGAGAGAGAGAGAGAGAGAAGUACAGUGAAGAAUGGUGAGGGCUCCUUGCUGUGAGAAGAUGGGAAUGAAGAAAGGGCCGUGGACACCGGAGGAAGAUCAAAUUUUAACAUCUUUUAUACAGAGAUAUGGUCACGAAAACUGGAGAGCCUUACCAAGACAAGCCGGUUUAUUAAGGUGCGGAAAGAGUUGCAGGCUUCGUUGGAUAAAUUACUUACGACCAGAUAUCAAACGAGGAAAUUUCAGCAAAGACGAAGAAGAAACCAUCAUCCAACUGCACCAAACACUCGGAAACAGAUGGUCUGCCAUUGCAUCAAGGCUGCCGGGGAGAACAGAUAACGAGAUAAAGAAUUUCUGGAACACCCACUUGAAGAAGAGGCUCCAGCAUCAUGGGAGUCCAUAUUCUCCCAACUUUAAUGUUGUCGGAAACAUCACGCCAAUCCAGAUCGGCGAUUCUUCGAUUCACCUGAGGUUUCCGGCGGCACCGACGACUGUGAACAGCAUGUAUUCAAGCUCCCCGAUGACGACAAAAAUGGAGGAAGCAGAAGAGAGCAUGCAGGAGAGGGAGAGUUAUCAAAACCUUGGAACAACAAACGAUGAUUCUGGGAUUGUCUACUUGCCUUCUAGCAGCUCUGUGCUACCUAUGGAGCUUGGAGGUUGUGAGACUAGUUCUAGUAUUGGCAACGAUGCAGUUUUCUGGUAUAAUUUGCUUAUUAAUGCUGGAAAUACAUCGUGAAAGAUUAUGUUUUUGGAUCGGAGCAAUUCUAGCCAAUUGGUCAAAUUGUUAUCUUAGUUAUUAUAAGGUUAUAUGUUCAAAUUUUUCCUGUGAUCUUAUCCUAUAUAUUAUGAUCUUUUGUUUAUUAAGGUUACAAUGUGAAAUUUACCUAAUGUAUAUUUCAGAUAGUGGUUGCUAAGUUUCUCUUAAAAACAAAAGAUAAAUAUUUUUGGAUGUAA